UUCGCAGAGAGAAUCCCUUUCUUAAAGACGCAGGCAACAUACUGUCCUUUGAAAACAGGAAAAAAAUCUGACUUGGUUUGCGUGAACGACGUGCUUUAUAACGCAUACUUUUGCAGGACACACGCAGAAAUCGGAGGUGAGGAGUGAUUGUGGGCAUCCACGAGAUACAGAUACAGUCUGUGGUGUCUCAGGCUAUAGUGGAUAAUGGCCAAACUGUUCCGAGCUGUGAUCAUGGGUCCACCAGGUUCUGGGAAGGGGACCAUAUCUGAAAGAAUUGCGCAGAGCUUUGGACUCAAACAUUUGUCCAGUGGCGACUUCCUUCGGGAGAAUAUAGCUGCAAAUACAGAGGCUGGUGUUCUUGCUAAGACCUACAUAGAGAGGGGUCUGAUGGUGCCGGACCAUGUGAUGACACGGCUCUUACUGCCCAGGCUGGAGGAGAUGACUCGCCACAGCUGGCUGAUGGAUGGGUUUCCCUGCACCCUAGCCCAGGCCAAGGCUCUGAACAGUACCUGUGAUCUGGACCUGGUCAUCAGCCUCAACAUCCCUUAUGAGACCCUGAAGGACCGGCUGAGUGACCGCUGGAUCCACCCAGCCAGCGGCAGGGUCUACAACAUGGGAUUCAACCCUCCACGCGUACAGGGCAGGGAUGACCUCAGCGGAGAGCCUCUGAUCCAGCAUGAUAAUGACCAACCAGAGGCCCUAGUGGCCAGACUGAGGCACUACAAGGACGUGGCCAAGCCAGUCAUAGACCUGUACAAGUCAAAGGGCAUCCUGCACACGUUUUCUGGCACAGAGACCGACAGGAUCUGGCCUUACAUCAACUCUCUUCUCAGCACUAAGAUCCCUAGCAGACCUGAGACGGACACACAGCAGAUCCCAAUGCCCUGAGCAGAGCAGAGGUGACACAGUAGGAGUGCAGGCCAUGCACAGGAGCUGUUAGGAACCUCUUUAGCUUGGCAGUUG